CCACCUACUGCAAACCCAAGCUGACAGUCGGAGCAAUGCUAGCAGCAUUUCCAUUCCAACAUCGUGCCGGAGCUGAAUAAAGGUGCUUUUUUUAAAAAAAAAAUCUCUUUGCAAGCUGACAAGAACAAAGCAAGAUAGCUGGCUUUUUGUCCUAGCUUCGAUAAUGGAGAGAAAAAUAAACAGAAGAGAAAAGGAAUGCGAACAAAAGCACAGCAACUCUGAAGGCUCUGAGCAAGACAAGGACUAUAAAACGUCUCUGAUUACUCUGAAUGUUGGUGGCUAUCUAUAUAUCACACAAAAACAGACACUAACCAAGUAUCCAGAUUCUUUUCUGGAAGGGAUCAUAAAUGGAAAAAUAAUGUGCCCAUUUGAUGCAGAUGGUCAUUACUUCAUAGACAGAGAUGGACUCCUUUUCAGACACAUUCUGAACUUCCUACGAAAUGGAGAACUUCUUCUACCAGAAGGGUUUCGAGAAAAUCAACUUUUGGCACAAGAAGCAGAUUUUUUCCAGCUUAAGGUACUCUCGGAUGCAGUGAAAUCGAGAUGGGAGAAGGAACAGCUAGCAUCUCGAGAGACUACUUUCCUGGAAAUAACUGACAGCCACGACCGUUCACAAGGACUUAGAAUCUUUUGUAAUUCUCCUGAUUUCAUUGCAAAAAUAAAAUCCAGAAUUGUACUGGUAUCCAAAAGCAGGCUGGAUGGAUUUCCAGAGGAGUUUUCGGUAUCUUCAAAUAUUAUUCAAUUCAAGUACUUCAUAAAGUCUGAAAAUGGCACACGACUGGUACUGAAGGAGGACAACACCUUUGUCUGCACCCUGGAAACUCUUAAGUUUGAGGCUAUAAUGACGGCUUUAAAAUGUGGAUUUAGACUGCUGACCAGUCUGGAUUGUUCGAAAGGGUCAAUUGUUCACAGUGAUGCACUUCAUUUUAUCAAGUAAUCACAAAGGCAAAAGAAACAAGCAUGCAGUCAGUAAACCUCCUUGACCUGCAGCCUCCUGGCAUCACAAAUAAUGUAUCUAACUAGCCUUGUACCACAGAGCUCGGCUGCUUAUCAAUUGAUGCGAGCUAAUGGUAUGUAAAUCUCAUAAUGACAUCCAUCUCUGGCUUACUUAACCUGACUGAAAAUUUUAUGCCUGAAUUUAAUAAAAAUGAUCUGCUAAACGUUGUAAACACAGAUUGAAUGCUUUAUGCUAUUUGUAGUAGUAUGUUUUCUCGAUGCUGUCUUUCAACCGGAGUGUCUAGCUAAAUUUUUGUGUACUUGUAUGACUAACAUGCAUACACCUAACUGCUGAACAACAGUGAGAGUAUUUUCAUAUAAUAAGCAGGCUUAAAAUAUGUUUUGCUUAUACCAAAUUUGGAAUGGAUUUUAACUGGAAUAAAUGGUUUUGAAUGUUCA